GCGCCGGGGGAGGAGGCGGCGGCGGGAUGGGAGCAGACGCUGGCGUCGCGCGAGCCCGGGGCACAGCGGCGCGGUAGAGAGGGCGGCGGCGGCGGCGGCGGCCACGCGCGCGGAGCCCUGACGUGCCCCUUUCUUUCUUCUCUCGCCGGGAAGCAUGAGCGUGCAGACCCGCCGCUACGGCGGCCGCCCGGGCUCUCCGCCUCCCCCUCUUCUGGUCGCCCCUCGCCGGUGAGAGAAGAGAACGCGAGAAGGGAAGAUGGGGGCCGUCCUGAGGAGCCUGCUGGCCUGCAGUUUCUGUGUGCUCCUGAGAGCGGCCCCUUUGUUGCUUUAUGCAAACAGACGGGACUUGCGGUUGGUGGAUGCUACAAAUGGCAAAGAGAAUGCUACAAUAGUAGUUGGAGGCCUGGAGGACGCAGCUGCAGUGGACUUUGUCUUUGGUCAUGGUUUGAUCUACUGGAGUGAUGUCAGCGAAGAAGCUAUUAAACGAACAGAAUUUAACAAAACUGAGAGUGUUCAGAAUGUUGUUGUUUCUGGAUUAUUGUCCCCUGAUGGGCUGGCAUGUGAUUGGCUUGGAGAAAAAUUAUACUGGACAGAUUCGGAAACUAAUCGGAUUGAGGUUUCUAAUUUAGAUGGAUCUCUACGAAAAGUUUUGUUUUGGCAAGAGUUGGAUCAACCCAGAGCUAUUGCCUUAGAUCCCUCAAGUGGGUUCAUGUAUUGGACAGACUGGGGAGAAGUACCAAAGAUAGAACGUGCUGGAAUGGAUGGUUCAAGUCGUUUUGUCAUAAUAAAUACAGAAAUUUACUGGCCAAAUGGACUGACUUUGGAUUAUGAGGAACGAAAGCUUUAUUGGGCAGAUGCCAAACUUAAUUUCAUCCACAAAUCAAACCUAGAUGGAACAAAUCGGCAGGCAGUGGUUAAAGGUUCCCUUCCACAUCCUUUUGCCUUGACGUUGUUUGAGGACACAUUGUACUGGACUGACUGGAACACACACUCCAUUUUGGCUUGCAGCAAGUAUACUGGCGAAGGUCUGCGUGAAAUCCAUUCUAAUAUUUUCUCUCCCAUGGAUAUACAUGCCUUCAGCCAGCAGAGGCAGCCAAAUGCUACAAAUCCAUGUGGACUUGAUAAUGGUGGUUGUUCUCAUUUGUGUUUGAUGUCUCCAGUCAAGCCAUUUUAUCAGUGUGCUUGCCCAACUGGGGUUAAACUUCUGGAGAAUGGAAAAACCUGCAAAAAUGGUGCAACUGAAUUACUGCUUUUAGCCCGCAGGACAGACUUGAGGCGCAUUUCUUUGGAUACACCAGAUUUUACAGACAUAGUUCUGCAGUUAGAAGACAUUCGUCAUGCUAUCGCCAUAGAUUACGAUCCUGUGGAAGGCUAUAUUUACUGGACUGAUGAUGAAGUGAGGGCUAUACGCCGCUCCUUCAUAGAUGGAUCGGGCAGUCAGUUUGUGGUCACUGCUCAAAUUGCCCAUCCUGAUGGUAUAGCUGUUGACUGGGUUGCACGGAAUCUUUAUUGGACAGACACUGGCACUGAUCGGAUAGAAGUGACAAGGCUCAAUGGGACCAUGAGAAAGAUCUUGAUUUCAGAAGACUUAGAGGAACCCCGGGCUAUUGUGUUAGAUCCCAUGGUUGGGUACAUGUAUUGGACUGACUGGGGAGAAAUCCCAAAAAUUGAGCGAGCAGCUCUAGAUGGCUCUGACCGAGUAGUAUUGGUUAAUACUUCUCUUGGUUGGCCAAAUGGUUUAGCCUUGGAUUAUGAUGAAGGCAAAAUAUACUGGGGUGAUGCCAAAACAGACAAAAUUGAGGUUAUGAAUACUGAUGGCACUGAAAGACGAGUACUAGUAGAAGACAAAAUCCCUCACAUAUUUGGGUUUACUUUGUUGGGCGACUAUGUGUACUGGACUGACUGGCAGAGGCGCAGCAUCGAAAGAGUACACAAACGAAGUGCAGAGAGGGAGAUCAUCAUAGAUCAGCUGCCUGACCUCAUGGGGCUAAAGGCCACUAAUGUUCAUCGAGUCAUUGGUUCCAACCCUUGUGCUGAGGAAAAUGGGGGAUGUAGCCAUCUUUGCCUCUAUAGACCCCAGGGCCUUCGCUGUGCAUGCCCCAUUGGCUUUGAACUCAUUAGUGACAUGAAGACCUGCAUUGUCCCAGAGGCUUUCCUUUUGUUUUCACGGAGAGCAGAUAUCAGACGAAUUUCUUUGGAAACAAACAAUAACAAUGUGGCCAUUCCACUGACUGGUGUCAAAGAAGCUUCUGCUUUGGAUUUUGAUGUAACAGACAAUCGAAUUUAUUGGACCGAUAUAUCACUUAAGACUAUCAGUAGAGCUUUUAUGAAUGGCAGUGCACUGGAACAUGUGGUGGAAUUUGGCUUAGAUUACCCAGAAGGCAUGGCAGUGGACUGGCUUGGGAAGAACUUAUACUGGGCUGACACAGGAACAAAUCGAAUUGAAGUGUCAAAGUUGGAUGGACAACACCGGCAAGUUUUGGUUUGGAAAGAUCUAGAUAGCCCCAGAGCUCUAGCCUUGGACCCUGCUGAAGGAUUUAUGUAUUGGACUGAAUGGGGUGGCAAACCCAAGAUAGACAGAGCAGCUAUGGAUGGAAGUGAACGAACUACAUUGGUUCCAAAUGUGGGGCGGGCAAAUGGCCUGACUAUUGAUUAUGCUAAAAGAAGGCUUUAUUGGACAGACCUGGACACCAACUUAAUAGAAUCCUCCAAUAUGCUUGGACUCAACCGUGAAGUUAUAGCAGAUGACUUGCCUCAUCCUUUUGGCUUAACUCAAUACCAAGAUUACAUCUACUGGACUGACUGGAGCCGACGCAGUAUUGAACGAGCCAACAAAACCAGUGGCCAGAACCGCACUAUCAUUCAGGGCCAUUUGGAUUAUGUGAUGGACAUCCUCGUCUUCCACUCCUCGCGGCAGGCAGGGUGGAACGAGUGUGCUUCUAGCAAUGGACACUGCUCCCACCUCUGCCUGGCAGUGCCAGUUGGAGGUUUUGUUUGUGGGUGCCCUGCUCACUACUCCCUGAAUGCUGACAACAGGACUUGUAGUGCUCCUACCACUUUCCUGCUCUUCAGUCAAAAGAGUGCCAUCAACCGCAUGGUGAUUGAUGAACAACAGAGUCCUGACAUCAUUCUUCCUAUCCAUAGCCUUCGGAAUGUUCGGGCCAUUGAUUAUGACCCGCUGGACAAACAACUCUAUUGGAUUGACUCACGGCAAAACAUGAUCCGAAAGGCACAAGAAGAUGGCAGCCAGGGCUUUACUGUGGUGGUGAGCUCAGUUCCAAACCAGAACCUAGAAAUACAACCCUAUGACCUCAGCAUUGAUAUUUAUAGCCGCUAUAUCUACUGGACUUGUGAGGCUACCAAUGUCAUUAACGUGACAAGAUUAGAUGGGAGAUCAAUUGGAGUGGUGCUAAAAGGCGAUCAAGACCGACCCCGAGCCAUUGUGGUUAAUCCAGAGAAGGGGUAUAUGUACUUUACCAAUCUUCAGGAAAGAUCUCCCAAAAUAGAACGGGCUGCUUUAGAUGGAACAGAACGAGAGGUCCUCUUUUUCAGUGGCUUAAGUAAACCAGUUGCUUUAGCUCUUGAUAGCAGGUUGGGCAAACUAUUUUGGGCUGAUUCAGAUCUCCGACGAAUUGAAAGCAGUGAUCUCUCAGGUGCCAACAGGAUAGUGUUAGAAGACUCCAAUAUCUUGCAGCCUGUGGGACUGACUGUGUUUGAAAACUGGCUCUAUUGGAUUGAUAAGCAGCAACAAAUGAUUGAAAAAAUUGACAUGACAGGUCGAGAGGGCAGAACUAAAGUCCAGGCCCGGAUUGCCCAGCUCAGUGACAUUCAUGCAGUAAAGGAGCUGAAUCUUCAGGAGUACAGACAGCACCCUUGUGCCCAAGAUAAUGGUGGCUGUUCACAUAUUUGUCUUGUAAAAGGUGAUGGUACUACAAGGUGUUCCUGCCCCAUGCACCUGGUUCUGCUUCAAGAUGAGCUUUCAUGUGGAGAGCCCCCAACAUGUUCUCCUCAGCAGUUUACUUGUUUUACUGGGGAAAUUGACUGUAUUCCUGUGGCUUGGCGUUGUGAUGGGUUUACUGAAUGUGAAGACCACAGUGAUGAACUCAAUUGUCCUGUGUGCUCAGAGUCCCAGUUUCAGUGUGCCAGUGGGCAGUGUAUCGAUGGUGCCCUUCGAUGCAACGGGGAUGCAAACUGCCAGGAUAAAUCUGAUGAAAAGAACUGUGAAGUGCUUUGCUUAAUUGAUCAGUUCCGCUGUGCCAAUGGUCAGUGCAUCGGAAAGCACAAGAAGUGUGAUCAUAAUGUAGAUUGCAGUGACAAAUCUGAUGAACUGGAUUGUUAUCCAACUGAAGAGCCAGCACCACAGGCCACCAAUACAGUUGGUUCAGUAAUUGGAGUGAUUGUUACUAUUUUUGUGUCUGGAACCAUUUACUUCAUCUGCCAGAGGAUGUUGUGUCCACGCAUGAAGGGUGAUGGGGAAGCUAUGACCAAUGACUAUGUUGUUCAUGGCCCAGCAUCUGUGCCUCUUGGUUAUGUGCCACACCCGAGUUCUCUGUCAGGGUCUCUGCCAGGAAUGUCUCGAGGUAAAUCAAUGAUCAGCUCCCUUAGUAUCAUGGGAGGAAGCAGUGGACCCCCUUAUGAUCGAGCACAUGUCACGGGCGCAUCAUCAAGCAGUUCUUCAAGCACCAAAGGCACUUACUUUCCUGCAAUUUUGAAUCCACCACCAUCCCCUGCCACAGAGCGAUCACAUUACACUAUGGAAUUCGGUUAUUCGUCAAACAGUCCUUCUACUCAUAGAUCAUACAGUUAUAGGCCAUACAGCUAUCGGCACUUUGCACCCCCUACCACUCCUUGCAGCACAGAUGUCUGUGAUAGUGACUAUGCUCCUAGCCGGAGAAUGACCUCGGUGGCAACAGCCAAAGGCUAUACCAGCGACUUGAACUAUGAUUCAGAACCUGUGCCCCCACCCCCCACGCCUCGAAGCCAGUACUUGUCAGCAGAGGAGAACUAUGAAAGCUGCCCCCCUUCUCCGUACACAGAGAGGAGCUACUCCCACCACCUCUACCCGCCGCCUCCCUCGCCCUGCACAGACUCCUCCUGAGGAGGGGCCCUCCUCCUCUGACUGCCUCCACCAUGAAGAAUGUAAAUACACAUUUGGUUGAGAUCUGGAGGGGGGGAGGGAACUAAUACAGAAAGAUGAGGCAGACCAUGUACAGAUAAAGUUAUAAAAUGGGGUAAGGAAUACUGGAGAUAUUUGUACAGAAGAAAAGGAUAUUUAUAUAUUUUCUUAAAACAGCAGAUUUGCUGCUUGUGCCAUAAAAGUUUGUAUAAAAAAUAAAUUUGUACUAAAAGUUUUAUUUUUGCAAACUGAAUACACAAAGCAUGCCUUAAACCCAGUGAAGUGACUGAGUACAAAGGAAACAGGAAUUGUAAAGGCAUCACUGACCAAGGAUGCCUGGGUUUUAUUGAUACCAAAAAAUUUCAAGAAGAAAAAAAAGUCCAUCCCAGCACAGCAAACCAUAGAUACUUGGAAGUAGCCAAAUAGCCUUCACAUUAACUAACAUUUGAGGGCCAAGUUAAAAAAUCAUGAAAGGAAAAAAAUAAUAAUACUAAUGUUGGAAAGGGCUUUGUUUUCUCUAGGGAUCCAACCAUGUUAGUGAGGAAAGUAAGUAUUUACAAGACUCCAUUCUGGGCGCUGCUGUUGUAGGAGAGCCCUGUCGUCUGUAAGGCGCCUUCGGGCUGUGUGCGUAUCUUCUGUCCCUACCUGAGAGCCACAACUCUGUCAAGAGGAAAAAUUUUUCUACAUGUUUCAAUACUGCUGCCUCACCCUGCAGCUCUGUAGGCCAUUUUUGCCCCAAGUCCAUGAUUUAUUCAAGCAUCUUCUCUAAACAAUUGAUUAAAUGGAAUUUUUGAAAUUUAGGACCUGAUUCUAAUAUUUUACUAACUCCAUUCCCCAGCAAGCUUAGCUCUUCAGUUUGACCACUGUUGUUGCUUGAUGGUAAAAAGUUAGCCAUAUUAUUGGUCCUCUUUACUUCCAAGAUUAUUUCAGUGCUCAAUAAAAUGUCUUUUUUAGACAAUGUUUAAGAAUUACAAGUCUAACCAUUAUGUUUUCAUUGUAAGUCAUAUAUCCUUGCAGUACUUCCAGCAUAUAAUAUCACAAUAUGAAAUCAUUUUUUAUGUAUUUUUGAGUAAAACAUUUAAUAUGUUCUGGUUAGAGAAUCUAUUUAAAAAGAAUUUGUGUGUGUGUUACCAUUAGCUUUUUCUAUAUUAACUGUUUGUGACAUUUUCAUGUUCUUUAGACCAGGUUUUCUCAGAAUGAUGUCUACAUGCAUACCUCUUCUAAUGUAUGAUGAGUUUAAUACCUUCUUGUUACCCACUGUGAAUGUUAGGUUUUCAGAUUAUCCACAAAUUAUUCUUAUAAUAUUCUCAUGUAUUUUUAUGUGUGUUCUCUCUUAUCCCAGUAUGGAUUAAGAUAAUUUAAGAAAUUUAACAAUGGGGAUUAAAUGACAAAAUAAACUGUUAACUUCUCAGCUACCAGAACUUGGGUGGAGGGGAAUAACAGAAGUCUCUUAUGUAACCUGCCUGACCUGCUGUCAUGUAUGGUACUGGGGCUGCUGCAUCUCCAGCUAUCAGGGCUGACCUGUGGGAUGAUUCUAGCACUGCUCUGCCACCUUGCCAGAAGUUAGCUUCCUGCAUUUUACAUGUGUCUAGCACUGCUCUGCUAAAAGUGAAGGUGUUUUUUAAACUAGUGUACUUUCACAUUAAUAGAUACUGAUGAGUUUCUCUCUCUCAACCCUGAAUCUCUCUCUCUCUGUCGUUCUUUCUCUGUACUCUGAACUGGUGAGACCUCUCUGGUAAUCAGAGCUCCCCUAAAAACUGUCAACAAAAGUAGGGAUUCAGAAUUUUGGCAGGGGCAAAGUAGCUUUUCAAGCAACUUAAAAAUAUGUAACUAAUGUUUUUAAAAAGGAAAAAAUGUGGUUUCAGAUUAAUGCUAGGAAUAUUGGGAGCAACUUAAAAGAGCCAAGUGUGCUUGAUUUUGCAUACAUACAAAUGGUGAUCCGUCAGUGUCUUUUAUCUCAGUCAGACAAAUAUUCCCUCUUCCUGUUGCUGGAACAAAGUGCUUCACUGCCUAAGACAAAGUGGACAUUGAACUUCCGAUCUGUGACACACGGGCACUGGAUGUUUCAAUGAAAAUGGGAAGGUUGGCAAUAACUGGGUAUCGAUUAGAGUUGGAGAAUUCUAUGUUUACAUGUUUAAUGUGCAUCUUUACCUGGUGGGCUUCCCAUGUGGAAACUUGCACUAUAAUGAACUAAGAAGAAUAUUGCCUUGUUUUAUCUCAGUCCAAGUGCUUGUACUGCAAAGGCAAUGGCCUCUUCUUGCAAAAUACUAAUUUGUGUGCCAAUUUGUUUUGAAAUUAUUGGAAGGCAGUGCAGCUUAAUCUCAGUAUCCUCUUUCUGGGAUUGUUGGGAUGGAUUCUUGAUAUUUCUGAGAGUAAUUUUAAUGAAAAGAUUGUCAAAUUGGGAAAAAUUAAUGACUGAGGUUAAGUGGACAGUUAAGCUUAAGUAAAAUACAUCUUGAUUCUUAAUUGGAAAAAUUAACAACAAUGAACAUGAGAUCACAAGUCAGGAGAAAAAUGAAAAAAAUACACCAUGAGAUUCACUAUUCAGGAAAAAAGAUAAUUAUAUUCAAGAGUAUUUUGAACAUCUUGAAUUUUGCAUAUUUGUUGAUAUUAAA